CCCAAACCCGACUCUCUGUUUCUCUCUCUCAGCAGAAAAGUUCCCUUUCCCCACUUGGUCCCUACAGUUGAACCCAUUUCGAGGUAUAACAAGUGGGAUCUGGAAGAGUAGCCUGUAGUAACAAGGAUGAGGUCCUUUAUAUUGUUGGUGACUGUUCUGACAGUCAUGGUGAAAGCUCGGAUUGACCCUGCACUUGAUAACCACUGGCUGCUAUGGAAGAACAAGCACACCAAAGAGUAUGAAGAUGAGUCAGAGGACCUUCUAAGACGAAUUACUUGGGAAAAGAACCUCAAUACUGUCAAUAUGCAUAACCUGGAGUACUCAAUGGGAAUGCACACCUAUGAGCUUGGAAUGAACCAUCUUGCCGAUAUGACUAGUGAAGAAAUUAAGUCUAAGAUGACUGGUUUAAUACUACCUCCACACAGCGAGAGGAAGGCAACAUUUAGUAGCCAAAAGAACAGCACCUUGGGAGGUAAAGUACCAGACUCCAUAGACUGGAGGGAAAAAGGAUGUGUCAGUGAAGUUAAAAACCAGGGAGGAUGUGGUUCAUGCUGGGCCUUCAGUGCAGUCGGGGCCUUGGAGGGACAGCUGAUGCUUAAAACAGGAAAAAUUGUUUCUCUCAGCCCUCAGAAUCUUGUGGACUGUUCAUCAAAAUACGGGAACAAGGGCUGCAGCGGGGGCUUUAUGACGCGUGCCUUCCAGUAUGUCAUUGACAAUAAUGGCAUUGAUUCUGAUACUUAUUAUCCUUAUCAUGCUAUGGAUGAAAAGUGUCAUUAUGAACUUGCUGGAAAAGCUUCCUCGUGUGUUAAAUACAGAGAGAUUGUUCCUGGCACAGAAGACAACCUCAAGCAAGCCCUAGGCAAUAUUGGUCCAAUAUCAGUUGCCAUAGAUGGGACCCGCCCCACAUUCUUCCUUUACAAAAGCGGUGUCUACAGUGACCCAUCCUGCUCUCAGGAAGUUAACCACGGUGUCCUUGCAGUUGGCUACGGGACUCUCAAUGGACAGGAUUUCUGGCUUCUAAAAAACAGCUGGGGUACAAAGUAUGGAGACCAAGGAUACGUCCGCAUUGCAAGGAACAAAGAAAACCUGUGUGGAGUGGCAAGUUACACCUCCUACCCAGAAAUAUAAGGGUGCAUGCCGGAACCAGGAUAUGGAGCAACAAAAUAGAUCUUUCAUAUGCUUACUCUUUUUCUUUUAUACCUUAGACCUAAUAAAACUGAGGCAGGACACAUUUGCACUAACUCCUAUAAAAUUACUUGUCCUUUGAUUCACAUGAUAUGACCUGUUAGAAGUUGCCUUAUGCAAUGUCCUGUACCGAAUAAACAGAAAGUUGUCUAUCAAGUCCACUCCCCCUGAGAUGAUGUUCCUGAGGGUGUAGAGUAAUGGCACAUGUGAUUGCUUCUAUUUUUAUGUUAUACAUUGUGACAUCUCUACAGUAAAACAGCUGGAAGCCUCACAGAGGCAUAGAACUUGGAGACAAAUACUGAUAAACACUGGAACUGAGCCUGAGUGCCUAAAGAUAUUUUUAAUGCACUGGGUAUUUAAAGGCUAUUGAACUUCAGUGUUCCACCUUCUGCAAAACUGUUGGAUUUGGGGUUUAUCUGGGGGUUUAGUUGCUGUAACAUGGAUCUGUGGCAAGUCUUAAAAUAUUAGACUCUUGUAACUCUAUUUUUUUUCCUCAUCAGUCUCGAUGUACAAUUUCUGAUUGUUGAAAUAAAUGAUCUGAUAGGAAAUCC